UGCCACAUAUCAAUGCCAAUCAGUGCCACCUAUCAGUGCUGCCAAUCAGUGCCACCUAUCAGUGCCAGUCAGUGCCGCCUAUCAGUGCCAGUCAGUGCCGCCUAUCAGUGCGCAUCAGUGCCCGCAUAUCAGUGCCAGUCAGUGCUGCCUAUCAGUGACAGUUAUCAGUGCUGCCUGUCAGUGCUGCCUUUCAGUGCCAUAUAUCAGUGCUGCCUUUCAGUGCCCAUCAGUGAUGCCUGCCAAUGCCCAUCAGUGCCACUUACCAGUGCCUCCUCAUCAGUGCCCAUCAGUGCCACCUAUCAGUGUCCAUCAGUGCAUCUUAUCAGUGGCCAUCACUACAGCCUCAUU